UUUAUUGAUAUCAAUUAUUGCGCAUUAAUUCAUUUAUAUAUUGAAUUUGAAUCCGAAGCUGUUGGGGUGAUCAUGUACAUGUUUACCCCCGUGGUGUAACGUUUCGGCGGGACGUGUGCACGGUUUGAUUCCUAACACGAAAGUACAUUGAGAGCUUUUGGUGGAGAUCUCUAACUUAAGUGUGAGCGGGACACAUCGCAUGUUGUGUUUUAACCGCGCCAUAUGACUGAACGUGUGGUGCCCGUGUUGCAUUGCUUCCUUACAGUGCUCUGCAAAACGUGAUUUGGUGCCUUAAAAGGAAUGGGUGAUGAACACAUUAGCGACACGGUCUUCGUCAUAAAUGUUAAGUGUGGACAGCAGGAAAACUAUGCUUGUUCUAUGCAUUACAAAUGCAUAGAACUAAAUUAAGAAGACGGUCCAAGACAGCGUGUUCGAGUGGAGUUGAGUGUCUGGACAGAAAUGAGUAACCCCGGGAGAUGGACUGCUUUUCUUUGGAUUGUAAAUUUAGUUUGCUGCACUUUUGGCAUGGCAGUGAAUGAAAGAACUGAUGAGACUUGCCCAUCCCUGCACGUUGAGGACCGUCGCUUCUCCGACAGUUUAGACCGUCCGCUGGCCAUAACAGGGUUUGACCUCACAGAAAAGUUUCUACUGCGUAAGGGGACGGUGGUCGAGGACAGAGCAUCCUUUCGAUUGGGAAGCAUCCCGCUUAUCAAACCAACAGAAUCAGUGUUUCCAAAUGGACUUCCAAGUGAAUACUCCUUCGUCACACUCUACCGUCUUCGAAGAACAACCAAGAAAGACCGCUGGUUCCUAUGGCAGAUAUUUGACCAGACGGGAGGAACUCAGGUGUCACUGGUCGUGGACGGGGCAAAGCGGGCGGUGGAGUUCUCCUUCCAGGGGCUCCAGAAGAACGCCCUCCACUACACCUUCAAGGGCCGCGACCUCCACGCGCUCUUCGACCGCCAGUGGCACAAGCUGGGCGUGGCCGUGCAGAGCACCGUCGUCUCGCUCUACGUGGACUGCAAGCUGGCGGAGCGGCGGCAGACCGAAGACAAGGCCGACAUCAAGCGCAGCGGACGCACCCUGGUCACCACGCGGGUGGAAGAUGGCCGCCCCGUGGACAUAGAAGUUCAACAAAUCCUUAUCUACUGUGAUCCGUACAUGGCUGAGAUGGAGAACUGCUGUGAGCUGCAGGAAGCCAAGUGGGGAGCCAAUAAGACAUCUGACGAGACCCCCGCGCCCCCGGUGAUGGGGCGGCUGCCCCUGAUGCUCUCCCUGCCCGCCCCCCCGCCGCUUGACGGAUGCCCGUGUCCGGCUGAAAAGGGAGAUACUGGUCUGGCUGGAGUUCCCGGCAAUACUAUUGAAGGCAAGUGCCUCAAAGGAGAUCAGGGCCCAACUGGAGAGCGAGGAGAGAAGGGAGACGCGGGGACACCGGGACAGCCAGGCAAAGAGGGCAAGAGGGCCGUGGCUGCCAUGACGAUUAAACGGCACACUUUGACACGGGCGUUACGGAGAACGGCGCAGAAGGCAGGGUCUGGCGCCGUCCGCCAGAGGAAUCGUCUCGGGCGACGUCCACUUCAAUUCAUCACCGCGGAGAAGGUGGCCGAUGUCAGGCCCUUGGAGCGCUUCAAGGGUCCGUGA